AUGACGGCCCAUGCAUCAUUGAGUCGAGACCCCAGCUACUCAAUAAAGUGGAUUCAGGUGGCAUCUGGCCAUCGUUUGUCAGCGUCACCGUGCACGAUAGCCGCCGGCCUUCUGUUCCCAAACCUACCGGUACUCUAUAUGUUGAGAAAGGAGUCACGAACAGAGAACUCAAGCAUUCUAACGAACACAGGCGGUAGUUAUGCAGGCCGGAGACGGUGUGGUCACAGCCACACCUGUGACUCCCAGCACAACGGACGCUCGCUCCGGACGACCGACAAUGAGGAUUCCAAUCGGUGCGAUGACAGCCGGAACGCUUACGAUGAGCUGCCGACAAAUACUACUAGCAACGGCAGCAGUAACAUCAUCACCGACAACAACGACAGCGUGCCACAUCGACAGCAGCGGCGGGCCAGCAGCAGCAGCAGUACCAGCAGCAGCCGAAGUCGCGUUCAUGUUAAUUUUGCCCCAACGUGCAGCCCGUCAACCCGUAUCACUGGUUACAAGCGCAAGGCCCUCGGAGACCCCCCGGAGAAGCUCGCCGGCGAUAUCCCUCGUGCCAAGCUCAGCAACACCAUCUUCAACGAGGUUGUCGGUCCUUUCGUGUUGGUUCUGAUCACCCUGGUUCCAUACCUGUUCAUCAACGCGCAGACCGGGUUGAGAAAGGAGAAUGACGGCAACGACCCAUCUGAAUGGAGAAAGCGUUGCGCACAACGAGAGAAACCCGAACAUGCCUGA